UAAAGCUCAGAGCAGGCACCAGGCUCCCACAGUCACCCACCAUCAGCACUUCACCACAGUGCUCCAGGAUCCCUCUAACUGAUAACAUCCCCUGUGGCACUGCACAGAAUAAAUAGCAUUACAGAUUUACAAUUACAGCUGGAUUGCACUCCAUCUAUUGCUUUUGCAUCAGAUCUGUUGCGACCAGUCGCCAGGGUCGCACCAAGGCUAGGACCCUUCCCCUUGGCUGGCAGGUGGGGGGCAGGGACUGUGCUCAGCUGGCUGAGAUAUUGAGUUGUGGAUCUAUACCCAUGCGUUUGCCAAAUAUGUCCAGUAAUUUCUUGUUAGCCCCUAUCCCAGAGAAUGCGGAUUUUUUCUCCAUCAGGGACAUAAAACUGGCUGUUUUUGGAGCAAGUGGAGUUGGGAAGACUGCAAUGAUUGUCCGAUUUCUUACCAAACGAUUCAUUGGGGACUAUGAAACCAAUACUGGAAACCUGUACUCCAGGCUGAUGUGCCUAGAAGGAGAGCAGACAUAUUUGCAGAUUCAAGACACGCCAGGCCAUGUAAAGAUGGAAAUUGAUUCGGCCCCAGUUCCAGAGAUUCUAAGGUGUUUGCAGUGGGCUGAAGGGAUCCUCCUGGUCUACUCAAUCACGGACUCUAAGAGCUAUGAAUACGUUCGCCAUCUUUACCAGCACAUCCGAAAAGUGUAUUCGGACUCGAAGAUUCCUGUAAUUCUAGUGGCUAAUAAAGGAGACCUUCUUCACGUAAGGCAGGUCUCGUCAGACUCAGGAAUACAACUGGCAAAUGAACUGGGAUGUUUUUUUGUAGAAAUCUCAACCAGUGAAAACUGCCAGGGUGUUUGUGAUGUGUUUCAGUAUCUUUGUAAAGAGAUAAAUAAAGUACAAACUUCAAGCUCUGGAGAAAGAAGAAGAGUUUCCAUCAUACCUCGACCCAGGUCACCAAACAUGCAAGAUUUAAAGAGACGAUUUAAACAAGCUUUAACGCCAAAAGUUAAAGCUUCCUCUACGGUGGCAUAGGACUUCUGACAUAACUAAUAGGAUUUUAUAUUUUUGAUACCUAAUUUAGAGUAAUUUAUUUUUUUUAUGGACAGUAACUGUUGUUUUUGUAUAAUUG